GCUGGCUGGGACUUUGACAGUCUGAGAGAGACAGCGAGCUGGAAGCUCUAUCUAGUGGGAGGGAUAGAGAGAGGCAGCUCGGAACAGCUCUUCUCGUGUGAUUUUCCCACCUUGAUGAACAGCAGCUCGAGUGAAAGGAACGUAGCAAACGAGGACCUUUCUGCCGCAUGGAUCUCAUCCUUAAAGAUGGCAAAUCUGACACACACACCGAUUUUCUUUUAAGGGGAAUGAAAUCUUAACAAACCCAGGGAUAUAACGCGGUCUACAAAGGGAGAGCACAGCGGUCGUAGAGAGACAGUGGGGUGCGAGGAUGGGCUCUGUGGGAGCUGAGAGACGGAAGGGAGGCACGCCUGCCUUGACUCCAGAUGAGAACGUGGUGAUGAGUUUCAGCUUCGAGAGCUACCAGCUGGAGGAGGAGGACAGCAUUGCCAAAGACAUCCCUGACAAGGGGGUCCUCACCUUCACUGAACCCGCUUUUGAAGGCCCAGAGCCAGAAGACCGGUACCAUGGGAUCUACUUUGCAAUGCUUCUCGCCGGAGUGGGGUUCCUGCUGCCAUAUAAUAGCUUUAUUACUGACGUAGACUACUUGCAUCAUAAAUUCGAAGGAACUUCUAUCGUAUUUGAUAUGAGUCUCACUUAUAUCCUGGUGGCCCUGGUGGCUGUGAUACUGAACAAUGCCUUGGUGGAGAUGCUAAGCCUGCACACCAGAAUAACUGUAGGUUAUCUCUUUGCCCUCGGACCCCUCCUGUUCGUGAGUUUCUUUGACGUUUGGUUGGAGAAGUUCACGCUGAAGCAGGCCUACGCAGUUAACUUGGUGGCGGUGGGGGUGGUGGCCUUUGGAUGCACAGUUCAGCAGUCCAGUUUCUAUGGCUACACAGGGAUGCUGCCCAAGCGCUACACUCAAGGGGUGAUGACUGGUGAGAGCACUGCAGGAGUGAUUAUAUCCCUAAGCCGCAUCUUCACUAAGCUGCUGAUCUCCGAUGAGAAGAUAAACACCAUGACCUUCUUCUGCAUCUCAAUCGCUAUGGAGCUCUUGUGCUUCAUACUCCACCUGCUGGUGAGGAGGACCCAUUUUGUGGACUACUACACCAGUCGUUCUAAACAAGGGAUCGCAGAGGUCAGGGGUCACACAGACCCAGGGACAGGCUACCGAGUCCACCAUGACGUCAUUACAGAGGAAGUAAGAUUUGAGAACGGUCCGGUAGGAAUCUCUUCCACCGAUGUCGGAAAGGAGGCGGAUCUGUCCGGCAGCGGCUCGUACGUGAGAUUCGAUGUUCCCAAGCCGAAAAUAAAGAGGAGCUGGCCUAGUUUCAGGGACAUGGUCCUGCACCGUUACAUUGUGGCGCGUGUUAUUUGGGCCUACAUGCUCUCCAUAGGUGUGACCUACUUCAUCACACUCUGCCUGUUUCCUGGCCUUGAAUCAGAGAUCCGGAACUACUCUCUGGGGGAGUGGCUGCCCAUCCUGAUCAUGGCUAUUUUCAACAUGUCGGACUUCGUCGGCAAGAUCCUGGCAGCUUUGCCCUACGACUGGAACGGGACCCGCCUGUUCCUGUGCUCCUGUGUGCGAUUGGUCUUCAUCCCCCUCUUCAUCAUGUGUGUGUACCCCAACGGGAAGCCAGCCCUCAGCCACCCGGCCUGGCCCUGCAUCUUCUCCCUCCUCAUGGGCAUCAGCAACGGAUAUUUUGGGAGUGUGCCUAUGAUACUGGCUGCUGGGAAGGUCAGCCCAGAGCAGCGAGAGCUGGCAGGCAACACCAUGGCGGUUUCCUACAUGACUGGCCUGAUGCUGGGAUCUGCCGUUGCCUAUGUUGCCUACAGCCUCACCAGCACCGCGAAUGGCAGCUGCUUCCACACUGAAACCAUCAAUGGCUCUUUCACCUCGGGAUACUGAGUGUGCAGAACAUCCCUCCCCUGAUAACAUCAGCCAUUACAUUAACAUUGAGGGUGGCCGCAGUGUGUUACUAGGACUGAGAAGUACAAAGGCUAGUGUAGAUAAUAUUAAACACAACUCAGUCCCACAGAAGGUUGGUUCAGAACUAAUCUGACCAGCUGGCAUUUGGUUGGUUUGAAACCAAAGGAAACUUAAAAAAAAAAAAAAAAAAUUGAGUUCUGCUCGUGCUUUGUUGUGCUGCCAUUGCCUGGCCUUGUUGUUGUGCGCUGUGGUACAUGGUGAUGUCAUUCUCCAUUUCAUGUUGCCUGGAAACCAGGAAGUCACUCUUUGUGUAGUGUGUGUGCGUAGUGACAUUACCACUACAAUGUUCCGUCAUGCUGCCUUGCUAUUUAGAUUUUUUGUGGAUAAUUCAAGAACCGUGAAAGCUAGCUGUGUACUCUAGGAAUAAGCAACAGAAGUUUAACAGUCACAUACAAAUAGAAAAUGAAUUGUUUGCACCACCAGCAACCAUUUUGUUUCUGGAGACUCCAAAUCUGCAGCAAACCUCCUGAAUUAAAACAAAUGGGCAAAAGUAAAUCCUCAAAAAUCCCUACGCCAAUGUGAAUUGAAUAUUGUGGUUUUCCCGAUUUGAGACAUAAUGAAAAUGCUUACACUCUCUUUGCGGGCAGUUUACAAGGGGAAGAUAUGGAUAAUAAAAAGGAAAAUUGGGACUGGCGACAUGUUAUGAAACACAGAGCUAAAUGAAGGGCAUUCAAAAGACACAAACAAUACCAGACACACAUUUGUUAUACAUUUCCUUGCUUUCUUUAGCAUCAGAAACUGUUGAAACUAUGAAAGAAACGUAUUUGAAACUAAAGAUGAUAAAAAUGAAUGACCAGGUCGGGUUUGGGUACUUACAACAGACUAGCACCCAUGUUUCCUGGUACCCGUGAAUCAUUGUUAAGUCAAUCAGUCAGAAAGUGGCCUCGGGUGUAUUAGCCAGUGAACAGUACAAUAGCUUUGACUUUUCGAAGUAGAAUUACUCUCCUGACAGCCCUUUACCAGUUACUGCACUAUUCAGACUGGAUACUGUACAGUGCUGUGCCACAUGCCUUUCAAGGCCGGCCAGCAGUGGAUGAGAAAUUUUGAAACCAGCAGCAAUUCAACGUCCCUGGAAAGUAAAGAUCUGGUGGUACCACAUCAGGAGACAUGAUGCUGUAGGUCUUUUUAAUACCACUCAGCUGCUUUGAAUACUCUCCAAACCUUAAUAACAUCAGUACUAGGUUAAAAAGAUUCAUUCUGCAAGGCUCAUUACAGUAAAUUGAAGUGUGACGGAGAGGGUUUACCAAUUUAUAUAAAAUGUUGCGUUCUAAAAGAAUUAGUGCAAUUACAUUGAGCACAGCUGGGACUAGCCUUGAGUUAAAUAGGGUGUUGCUCUCAUUAGAGCUCUUUCCAGAGAGAUUGGACUGAGAUUUAUAAAUCUGUGCAUGACAAAGGCAUUCCUGUAACCCAUUACACUAAUCAAAGAGCUGGAUUCAUUCAGGGUCCCCCAGGCCAGAAUUUAGCAUGCCCUGAAGAUGAUUCAUGCCUUCCUCUCUGCUUGCACCCCAAUACAGAUUUGCACUUUACCAUGCUUGCAUCCGUUGCCUAUACUGUGCAUUAAACUCUGUUUUAUUGUGCGGUUUAACAAUGCCCACUACCUCACUGUGAUUGCACAUGCUUUUGCUAUACUUUACAACUCGUUCUUGUGCUACAUACUGUACACUUUUAUCGGUAAAAACAAGUUGUAUUCAUGCAUUCUAGUCAUGGACACUACUUAGGGAAUGACAUAAGCCUAUAGAUAGGUGAAGUUCUACAGUAAAGCAGUAACGGUUACGCUGGGAACUGCUUCAUUUGUUAUUUAUUAAAUAAUUCAUAUAAUCCACAUAUUUUAUAGUUUUUAAUCUUUUCUUUUUGUCCUGUGGCUUGCACAUGACAGAUGAACUGUAAAUGUAAAUACAACCCUGAAUAUUUUCCUUCUGUAUCAUGUGGUGCCAAACUAUACUUUCAAUCAAUAUCAUGGAAAAAUAAAACACACUAACUUACUGAGGUGGAGUUUUGCUGAAUGGCUUGUGUAGCAAAACAGCAGUGGCAAAUGAGCGACGGGCAGUCGAUUAGGUUAGUACUGGCUUUGAGCUCCAGGGCAAACACAGACCUGCAGCAUCAGCGUUUGCUAAAUACCUUCCUGUAGGUUACAUUCUAAAGUAUAUUUACUUUAGAAUGUAUUCCUGGUUAAAGAAUGAACCAUUAUUUAGAAGAGGCUGCUCGUUUUGAUUUGUGUUCACAGGCCAGUUUCCAGCUGAACAGCAGAUUAUCCUGUGUGUACUGCCUUUUUUUUGUGCUAAAUAAAAUUAAAUGGUUUUGCAUUGCUUGUACAGGCAAUAUCUGUAA